AUGGACACCCUAUCGGCUUCAAACAAUCAGUUUGCUCUUGAUCUUAGCAAAAGGCUGGCUGAAUCAGCUGCAGGAAAAAACAUCUUCUUUUCCCCCUGGAGCAUCUCUACCUCCCUGGCUAUGGUCUAUUUGGGUACAAAAGGUAAUACUGCUGCUCAGAUAGUGGAGUAUCUCAAGUUUUAUUCUGAUAUCUACAUUUACAACAUCGCUAACUAUUCCUGUUUUAUUUUAAAGGAACUUGGUUUCAGCAAAAUUGGAAACAUCUACUCUGAAUUCCAGUGACUUUUAUCUGAAAUCAACCAUCUCAGCAACGCCUACUUGCUUAAGAGCAUCAGCAAGUUAUAUGGGGAAAAGACAUCUCCUUUCAAAGGUGAUUUUUUACAGAACAUGAAGAAGUAUUUUUCAGCUGAUCCGCAGUUAGUUAAUUUUGGGGAAGCUGAAAAAGUCAGGAAAGAAAUCAAUUCCUAGGUUGAAAACUGGACUGAGGGUAAAAUUCCAGAUCUUCUGCCUGAUGGUUCUCUUGACUCUUUGACCAAAAUGGUACUAGUUAAUGCUAUCUACGUCAAAGGAAAAUGGGAACAGAAAUUCAUGAUCCAAGAUACUACUGAGAAACCUUUCAGACUAAACAAGACAACAACUAAACCAGUGCAAAUGAUGUCAAUGAGAAAAAUUCUUCAUAUAUUUCAAGUAGAAGAGCCACCAACCAAGAUCUUUGAGCUCCACUAUAACAACUGUGAAAUUAACAUGUUCAUUCUGCUCCCAUAUGAUCUCAACGGCUUACAAGAGCUGGAAAAUGAAAUUACAUAUGAGAAGUUAAAUGACUGGACUUGUGCUGACAUGAUGGAUACAGGUGAAGUGCAAGUAUAUCUACCCAGAUUCAAGAUGGAAGAGAGUUAUGACCUCAAAUCCACACUGAUCAGCAUGGGAAUGAGAGAUCCCUUCAGUCAGGGCAGAGCUGAUUUCUCUGGAAUAUCGGAGAGAAGAGAUCUGUUCCUUUCGCAUGUUUUUCAUAAGGCUUUUGUGGAAGUCAAUGAGGAAGGCACAGAAGCAGCAGCUGGCAUUGGGAGUGUCUUGACAGUACAAAUGACAUAUCCUUUGAUUACUUUUAAUGCAGAUCACCUGUUCCUCUUUUUCAUCAGACAUAACCACACUAAUAACAUUCUCUUCCUUGGCAGGUUCUGUUCCCCUUAG